AUGCUGCUGCUGCUGCUGCUGCACCAACUGUGCAGGACCACCCAGAUGGUUACUUACAUCUCACUUUCUGCGGGCCUUGCAGUCGUUGCAGUCGAUAACUGCAUCCCUCGAUCGUGGGGCGAUUUCAUGCCGCUUGUGAAUCGGAUUGAACUUUGAAGGCGACGAGGUCUGGCUUGGCGUUGUAUAAAGAGCGAACGCUGGACUGGUAAGGAGGGAAGGAAAGAAAGAAGAAAAAAAGGGCAUUAACUAUUGUGAACGCCCGAAGCUUCUUCCACUUUGUUCCUUAAUCUUCACAGCGACAUUGGCCAGACGAAAAUUUCACGAAAAUGGUCUCCCGCCUCAACCCCUCCGUCGUCCUCCCGCUCGAGCUCCGGUCGGAGCUCAAAUCCCACAAUCACCUCACAACGCUUUGGUCCAGCUUCGGUACCAUCUGUCGACUCAAUCUGAAGUCGAACCCGAGAUCUCUCAUCCUCAAGUUUAUCGACCCACCCGUCGACACCCGCUCGGAGGGUCACCUCCGCAAGAUCAUCUCCUACCGUGUCGAACGAUACUUUUACGAGCACCUGUCGACUCGUCUACCACCGCACGUCAAGGUCGCCAAGAACUACCCGGUCGAGCCCGCCUUUGGGGACACGUCGCUGGUGCUCGAAGACCUCAGCCGAGAGUACCCGCUGCCUGUGGCCCGACGGACCGACCUCGAUGAGGAGCAAGCAAAGGUCGUGCUCCGAUGGAUAGCCGGGUUCCACGCCACGUACUGGGGCAAGGUCGACGACAUCCCCGAUACGCCGCCGCCGCUGCAGGUGCAGGACCCGCUGGUCACCCCGGGCGUCUGGACGAACGGCGGAUACUGGUACCUCGACACCCGCUCCGAGGAGUAUGCGAUCGUCCGAGAUGAUCCGUACUACGCCUUCCUCGACGAUGCCGCCGUACGGACCGUGGCCGAUUACCUCGCCGACCCCACUCGACCCGGACGGACACUGCUGCAUGGGGAUACCAAGGGUGCGAACAUCAUGUUCUCGAAGGACUUCAAGAAGUGUGCGCUGUACGACUUCCAGUAUUGCGGCAAGGGCUUAGGCGUGGUGGACUUGGUGUACUUCCUGGCGACGAGUGUGGAUGGCGAGGUGAUGCAGGACGAGGAGUGUGCCGACGAAUUGCUCGAGACGUACUAUCGGGAGCUCGUGGAGCAGGUGAUGCGGAUGGGUGGAAGCAUGGGAAAGUACACGGCCGAGAUCAUGAUGAAGGAUUUGGACAUGGCGAUGGUGGACUGGUUCAGGUUCCAAGCUGGAUGGGGAUUCUGGGGAAAUAGUUGGGUGUCGGAAGCGAAGGUGAAGGAGAUACUCAAGGGAUUGGAGGGCAAGAACACCAGCCCAUGACGCAAUAGAUAACUACAUAAUGUACAUACCUAAUUCCGAUUCUUUUGUUCGUUCGUUCUAGAACCGGGAUUUCCGGAGCUGUUGCCGUCACCGAAGCGCUUGAUGUUUGGUUUUCUCUUUUCCUCCCGAAUCCAUUAUCCAUAUAUCCUACAGGCACAAAUAGGCGAACCGGGAUGCCUACCUGUUCCUACGUGAGCUACUUUAACGGAUGGCUCCACGAACAUCCAAACAUACGAGUCCAUAUCCGCUGCUUUCUCUGGGCGGGUAGUUGUAACUAUAUCCAAGUACUCUAACUACGGACGACGGGAAGUAAUUCCAAC